AUGGAAAUUUUUCCUCUGCUGAAGGUCGAAACCUUUUCGGAAACACCGAAAGCCCCCAAGCCUAUUUUUAUAGAGAAUAAGCCAGUAAUUUCAAACAAAAAUCUCAUUCAGCAGGAUAAUUCAUUGUCACCUAUUUCCGCCAAGCCAAAAUCCGCCAAAAUUGACUUCCAGUUCAAACCAGUAAUCAGCGAAAUCCAAACCAAACCAUCAGGAAAAAUUUUUCUUAAUAGCAAAACCAAUCAGCAGUCCGAAAUCAGUCAGCCAUUAGCACUAAUUACCAAACAAAAAGCACCGCCAACCGAAAAAGAAACAAUUUUACUCCAAAAAAUUAAACAUUUAGAGGAACAAUUAAAGCAAGUUCAGGUUGAAAAUGGUAAUUUAAAGACAAAAAACAAAGUUUUAAAAAACUUGGUUUCAGCAGAGCAAAACAAGCAUUUAAAGGCAUUAGCCCAGCAAUCAACGAAAGCCGAGGCAAAAAUUAUUCAACUGCUACCAUGCGGCCGUAAAGAACACUUGGAGCAUUUAAAACGAGAGUUAGGGAAUAGUUAUAGUGAGAUAAACAAAUUAAAAGAUAAAGAAAUUGAGGAAUUAAAAGAAGUUAAUAAAAAGUUAAAAGAACAGAAUGCGGAAUUAAAAAACCAGACUGAUGGGGUUUAUACUAAAUCCUUAGCCAUUGUUGAAAGUAGAAAUUAUAUCAUUUUAAACUCAGUAGAUUUUGGGCAAUGCUGGUUUGCUGAGGAUAUACUAAGUAACAUUAUUAUGACUGAGAAACAAAAAUUUAAAGAAUUCUUAAAAAAAGCAGAAGACCCGAAUUACCAACGAGAAAUAAAUCGGGCUUUGCCACCUAAGGCUACUUCUUUACAAGUGGCUAAAUAUAAAUUGUGUAAACAAAUGUUAGUUUAUCAAAGGGAAAAUAAAUUAAGUGAUGAGGAAAUAGCCCAAAAAGUUAAGUUAAGCGUUGCUGAGGUAGAAGACAUUUUAUUUUGCGAGAUUGAAAAAUUUACUUUGGAUAGAUUGGUAGAGUAUGCAGAAAGAUUAUUUUCUCCCACAGGGGUAAAAGUUUUAGUGGAGCCAACAAAAGACAAUUUGCAUGAGAGAAUUGUUUAA